AUGGCGGCAGCAGCAGACAGCCCCUCAGCCGCCCUUCGGCGCCGUGACCUGUGCAGCCGAGGCAUCCGCCUGGCUGGAAAGAUGCGCUCGGACGUCAUCGACCUCCUAGACACCUACGUGGAGCGGCAGGGCUUGGACGCCUCGGCCAGCGUGGCGGCGGUGGAGGGGGUGCCGGCAGCAGCAGCAGAGCGCUGGGAUGAACAGACGGGGACCCAGCGGCUCCUGGAGAACCUGGCAGCAUACCGGGCCUUCCGGGCCCUGCUGGCUCAGAUGCUGGAGGAGCAGCGGGAGCAGCUGGGUGAGGCUGACGCUGCCCUGGGCCAGGCGCUGGCAGCUGUCCUGCUCCAGGUCUCGGCCUUUGCCUACCACCUUGAGGAGCUGCUGCGGUUGGAGAGCCGUGGGCCCCCCAGCGAGGAAGGGGAGCUGGCCCAGUGGGCCGUCAGGUCUGCGCGGGACCUGCGGCAGCUCGCCAAGCCCGGCCCAGGCAGCAGCUCAGCCCCCAGCCCGGCUGGGAGACCCGGUGAAGGCGGGCGGGGGGCGGGGGGGCUUGGGUCCCGCUAG